UUUUUUUUUUUUUUUGAUUGUGAUCUUUGGUUUAACGAAAUCGAUGGCGAAAGGUACAGCCACUGGCGAAUUCGUGGUUCGUACAGGGUGUAAAAGGGAAUUGCAGUUUGUAUUGAAAUCUCAGUCUGAGAUCUGUGGAGGUGAGUCACUCGGUCGGACUCGUGGGAGCCGAAACUCGAAUGUUGAAUCUACUAGUAUGGAGGUUAAGAAAUCGAGUGGGAUUAAGAAGAUUCGUCUUACUAAAGAUGAGGAAGAUACUGUUGCUGUUGCUAUAGAAGACGAUGAAGGUAAGAGUGACGUUGUUGAUGUUGAUGAGGCAAAGGUGUUGUGUAGUGACUCUGCUUUGGUUGAAUCUAUGAUGAGUGAAGAUAAGGGGAUAGAAGAUAAUGUGGAGAUUGAGAUUGGGAAUAAUGACAAUGUUCACUCAAUAAUGGAGCAGACUGAGAAGAAGGGUUCCCUGAAAGUUAUAGAGGCUGAGAAGGAAAGCUUGGGUGUGAUUGGGGGAGAUACUGUUGUUGAUAGAGAAUUAGUUGUGGCAUGUCCUGCGGAUUUUAGUAUCUUAGCAAAAAUGGCUUCUAGAUCUUGCCAGGUUAAGUCGGAAAGAGGAGGUUUGAUCUAUGGUAAACCGUGCAAAAGGUUGACCCGCUCCAUGUUGAAGGUUGAGGGUAUUAAACCUGAAGCUACUGCUGAUGACGACCAUCAUGUCAAUCCAGGAAAGGAUGUUAGAGAUAGUGGAGGAGAUGAUUGUGUUGAUGUUUCUACCCUAGUGGCAUAUAAGAAGGUGGAGGAGCUUCGUGAGCAAAAAAAUAAUGUGGAGAUAUGCCUCGGGCUUCCAAGUGGAUCAUCCCAGAUGAGUGGUCGUUCUCAACUUCUUGUUAACAAGGCAGUGAAUGAUGAGGUAGAUAAGCCUUUGAGGAGGUUUACGAGGUCAUUAGUCAAACAAGAAGGUGAUUCAGACAAUCCUAAUUUGGGGAAUACUACUAUACCAGCAGACUUGGGCGAGGUAGAUGUCAAUGCCAAUGAUGUCGAAAUAGAUGAUUUUCAAAGUCCUUCAGUUACAACCUCUCACAACAAGCGUGGAAGGCCCAGGAAAUUUUUAAGGAAUUUUCCAUCUAAGCUGAAAGAAAUUUUUAAUUGUGGAAUACUUGAGGGACUAACUGUGUACUAUCUUCAAGCAGCUAAGUUGAAAGAGGCAGGGACUAGAGGGCUUAAAGGAGUAAUAAAAGGAUCAGGCAUUUUGUGCUUUUGUAGUGCCUGCAAAGGAAUUCAAGUUUUGAGCCCUGGCAUGUUUGAGGUGCAUGCUUCUAGCACAAACAAGCGCCCACCUGAAUAUAUCUUACUGGAGUCGGGAUCCACAGUUCGUGAUGUCAUGAAUGCAUGCAAGCAAACUCCCUUGGCUAUACUAGAAGAAAAACUUCGUGUGGUAGUUGGACCAACUUUAAGGAAAUCUAGCCUGUGUUUGAAUUGCCAAGGUCCAAUGGUUGAGCCUUGUGAUACAAACUCAUUAGUUUUGUGCAAAUCGUGUUUGGAGGCUAAGGAGCCAGAACACCAUAGCAGUCCUUCUAAAGCAGAGGGUGCUCUUAACGGUUCGUCUAGGCCAAGUGUGGCUCCAAAAACUAUCCUUAGUGGGUCAAAAUCCAGUCCUCGCCAAAGUAACAGGUCACCCGAGCCAGGUGUGGUUCCAGAAACUAUUCUGAGCGAGUCAAAAUCCAGCUCAAUCAAAAGCAACAGCCAAGGGAGACUAACCAGAAAGGAUGUGCGGCUGCACAAACUUGUUUUUGAGGAUGAUAUACUGCCAGAUGGUACUGAAGUGGGUUAUUUCCUUGCUGGAAAGAAAUUGCUUGUCGGCUAUAAAAAGGGAUUUGGGAUACAUUGCUCUUGUUGCAACAAAGUGGUCAGUCCUUCAUUGUUUGAGGCCCAUGCUGGCUGUGCAAGUCGUCGGAAGCCGUUUCAGCACAUUUAUACAACCAAUGGGGUCUCUCUUCAUGAACUAUCAGUAGCACUAUCCAUGGACCAGAGGUUUUCCAUCCGUGAAAAUGAUGACCUUUGCAGUAUCUGUAGAGAUGGAGGCGAGCUCUUAUGUUGUGAUACCUGUCCAAGAUCAUAUCAUACAGUAUGUGCUUCUCUCCCAAGCCUUCCGAGUGAGAGGUGGUCCUGCAAAUAUUGUGUGAAUAUGGUUGAAAGAGAGAAGUUCGUGGAUAGCAAUCUCAAUGCCAUUGCAGCUGGGAGAGUUCAGGGAGUUGAUGCAAUUGCUGAGAUAACCAAAAGAUGCAUUCGAAUAGUCAGCUCCUUUGAGAGCGAGCUCCCAAGUGUAUGCGUGUUGUGCAGAGGUCAUAGUUUUUGCAGGUUGGGCUUUAAUUCUCGCACUGUGAUUAUCUGUGAUCAGUGUGAAAAGGAAUUCCAUGUUGGCUGUUUGAAAGAACAUAACAUUGCUGAUCUCAAGGAACUACCUGAAGAAAAAUGGUUUUGUUCCCUCGGGUGCGAAAAUAUCAACACUACAUUGGGCAAUCUGAUAGUUCGCGGAGAAGAGAAGCUUAGUAACAACAUUCUGAAUUUUAUAAAGAAGAAGGAAAAACUUAAUGAAGAAGGAUGUUCAGAUGACAACACCGUUCCAGACAUAAGAUGGAGGGUCCUUAGUGGGAAGUUGACCUCUUCGGAUGAUACAAAAGUAUUGCUCGCAAAGGCAGUUUCCAUCCUUCAUGAGCGAUUUGAUCCUAUCAGUGAAUCUGGAACCAGAGGAGAUCUCAUACCAGCCAUGGUGUACGGAAGGCAAACAAAGGGCCAAGAUUUUAGUGGCAUGUACUGCACCAUGCUGGCUGUGGAUGAAGUGAUUGUUUCAGUGGGAGUCUUUAGAGUUUUUGGGUCAGAAUUUGCGGAACUCCCUCUAGUUGCUACCAGCAAAGAUUGUCAAGGGCAGGGUUACUUCCAAUGCCUGUUUGCUUGCAUAGAGAGGCUACUCGGGUUCCUAAACGUGAAACAUAUCGUGCUACCAGCAGCAGAUGAAGCCAAAUCCAUAUGGACUGACAAAUUUGGUUUCAGCAAGAUGACCGAAGAGGAGGUGAAAGAAUGCAGAAAAGACUACUCGGUGAUGAUAUUUCAUGGAACAUCAAUGUUGAGAAAGAGUGUCCCUGAACCAACAAGAGCAGCCGUGAGUAAACCCGAAGAAGACAAUAUGAAAGAGUAAAGCCGAAGGUUGUCUUUGUUGUUUUUUGGUGUUGGAAGUCGGUGAAACGAUUGGGUAUUUUAUCUUUAAUCUAAUUUUCGGGUAGUAGCCUUAGUGUACAGGUUUUCCCCCUUAAUGUGUCUCAAGAUGCACACAACAAGGGUAAGAGAAUUUGGUUUUUGGUAGGGGGGAAUAGUGAGGAAGUAAAUGGGGUCUAAAAUACAUUGGGCAUUCUUUAUGGUUUU